UUAUUUUAGGUAUGGCUACUGGAAUCUACCAUUCUACAAUGCAUAGAGCUGGGAGAGACAGAGCCGCGCUCAUAUUGAAAGAUAGGACUAAUAUUUAAAACGGUGUUCAAUUCUAUAUGAAUAAUAUAUUUUAGGAACUGGGAUUAUAUUGCAAUGUAUUACAAACCAAGACCUUUACGAAGUCCAAGSGAUCAUCAUUCAUGGAAAUGAGGAUUCUAAUGAAGAUAAAGGUUUUCCUAUGGCGGCGGCUUCUGCUURUCUUCCUCCUGGGGAAUACAAUAGAAGCGCAGACGCGCUACACCAUCCCGGAGGAGCUGAGUGUGGGAUCCGUUGUUGGGAAUAUAGCUAAAGAUCUGGGUUUGAAUUUGUCUGAGAUUUCCGAUCGUAAACUUAGAAUAGCUUCCGAGGGUGGUAAGCAGUAUUUCAGUGUGGAUUUGGGAAAAGGCGAGCUCGUUGUUAAUGAGAGGAUAGACAGAGAAAGUCUUUGUGGAGGAAAUGCCAAGUGUCUGUUGCCUUUAGAGGCUAUUAUAGAAAACCCARUACAGCUGUAUCGUGUUGAGAUCGAAAUUCAGGACAUAAAUGACAAUUUACCACUUUUUCAAAGCAAUAGACAUGUUUUAAAUAUUGCGGAGCACACACUACCAGGCGCAAGAUUUCGUUUAGAAUCAGCACAYGACCCCGACGUUGGCUCCAAUUCUUUACGCWCAUAUACACUUAGUAAAAAUGAACAUUURGUGCUAGAUAUUAAAACAAAUAAAGAUGGGUCAAAAGUAUCCGAAUUGAUUUUAGAAAAGGUAUUGGACAGAGAAAAACAGUCCGUACACAGCCUGCUUCUAACAGCCGUAGAUGGUGGGAAUCCUGCUAGAUCGGGCACAGCAGAAAUUAUUAUUCGGGUACAAGACAUAAACGAUAAUGCACCCAUCUUUGAGGAAAGUGGAUAUGAUAUCCAAGUGGUUGAAAAUACACAACCAGGAACUAUCGUUGUCACUGUAAAKGCAGUCGACCGUGAUGAUGGAGUCAAUCGUGAGAUCGUUUACUCAUUUGGACCACACACCUCAGAGUCCCUACAGAACCUUUUAACUGUUGAUCCCCAAACUGGCGAAAUAGUGGUUAAGGGAGAGAUAGAUUAUGAAGAGAGAAAUUCGUUUAAAAUUGAUGUUCUUGCCACAGACAAAGGCAUUCCACCAAUGCAAGGCCUAUGUACUAUUAAUGUUGAAAUUYUGGAUUUGAAUGACAAUUCCCCAGAGAUAAUUUUUAAGUCUCAGCCUAGUCCUGUUAGUGAAGACGCGCCUGUUGGAACAGUUAUAGCUUUGAUAAGUGCCAAGGACGUAGACUCUGGAGAUAAUGGCAACGUCAACUUGAAUAUAGCGCCAGGCUUACCUUUUAAAUUAAAACCAUCUGUAUCUAACAACUACGCGUUGGUUACGGACACCAGUUUGGAUAGAGAAAAAAAUCCAGAGUACACUGUCGAAAUUAAAGCUUCUGACUCCGGAACACCGUCUCUCAACUCUAGAAAAACAAUUAAUGUUCGUAUUUUAGAUGUUAAUGACAACCCUCCAGUUUUCUCCCAACCUUCUUACACUGUUUACGUCAGAGAGAACAAUGCUGCUGGAUCAAUAAUGUGUUCAGUGUCCGGCUUCAGAUCCAGAUAUAGGAGAGAAUGCGAAGAUAUCUUAUUCUAUAUUAGACUCUAAAGUACAAGACGUGUCUGUCUCGUCCUAUAUUUACAUAAACUCAGAUAACGCAGCA